CGGAGGACGCGUGUGGGCGUGUGGUGAGGGGCGGCUGCAGAGCCCCCUGUGCCCACUCGCCCCCACCUGAGUUACCACCGGCGCUGCUCCGGGCGCUCUUGUUCUUUCCGCAGAUGAAGGAAACCAUCAUGAACCAGGAGAAGCUGGCCAAGCUGCAGGCCCAAGUGCGCAUCGGUGGCAAGGGUACUGCCCGCAGAAAGAAGAAGGUUGUUCACAGAACAGCUACAGCAGAUGAUAAAAAACUUCAAUUUUCAUUGAAGAAACUGGGAGUCAACAAUAUUUCUGGAAUUGAAGAGGUAAACAUGUUUACCAAUCAAGGAACAGUCAUUCACUUCAAUAACCCAAAAGUUCAGGCAUCUCUUGCUGCUAACACCUUCACUAUCACCGGCCAUGCUGAGACAAAGCAGCUGACAGAAAUGCUGCCCAGCAUCCUAAACCAGCUCGGAGCUGACAGUCUGACCAGCCUCAGGAGAUUGGCAGAAGCCCUACCCAAGCAAUCUGUGGACGGAAAAGCACCACUUGCUACUGGUGAAGAUGAUGAUGACGAAGUUCCAGAUCUUGUUGAAAACUUCGAUGAAGCUUCGAAGAAUGAGGCAAACUGAACUGUCACCUCCUGAAUAAAAUUAAAACUUGAAAAAGC